AGGUAGGGCAAGUGGCUCAAGGACUGCACAAUUCAUCUACUCCAGUUCAUUUCAGUCUCUCUCUCUGCACAUUACAGUCUGGACAAGAGGACCUUCAGUCUCACUGGCAGUUGUCAUAAAAUAAAAUAGUUAAAUAUAUGAGACAGCAGAGCGAGUUGAAAUCCAACGAGGUUGUUUUGGAGUCGGAUGAGUCCAUGGACCAACAAGAUUUUAGCGAGAUGUCUGGUUAUUCUAUUAACGACGUCAUAUACUCCGAAUGUUCCGCAAUGGAGCAAAUCGACACUUUUAUGAAAAACGUUCAGGUGUUGCUGGAUGCAGCAAAUUACAUUGAAAACCAUGAAAAGAACAAUGGAAAAUGUGAACAUGGAUAUGCCUCAACAUACCCUGCAACUCAGAGCACGCAUCAUCAGAGACAACGGAAAUUCAAGAAUAAAAAAAUUGACAAUAUUCACAACAGGUCAGCACACAAUGAGCUGGAAAAAAACAGACGAGCACAUCUCCGCCUGUGUUUGGAGAGGUUAAAGAUGCUGAUCCCACUGGGACCAGACUGCAGUCGGCACACUACCCUGGGGUUGCUUAACAAGGCCAAGGGUCACAUUAAGAAACUAGAGGAGAUGGACCGGAGGAGCCAGCACCAGCUGGAAAGCCUGGAGCGAGAGCAGAGGCACCUGCAGAGGCAGCUGGCCCACCUGCAGACCCCCGGAGGCAGAGACAGGGACAGGGUCCGUAUGGACAGCCUAGGUUCCCCUUUGGCCUCAGAACACUCUGACUCGGACCAAGAAGAGAUCAAGGUGGACGUGGAAAGCACUGACCUCUCCCAUGGAGAUUUGGACAGUAUCAGCACCAAUGGCUGCAGUGACUUGGAAGACCACAACAGUCGGCAGAGCCUGGCCAGCGACGAGGGCUACUCCACCUGCAGUCUAAAACUGCCCUUUUCCUCCUAAGAACCAGCCUGAAGCUCCUCAUCCACCCUUGUAGUCUAAACUGGGCUUCUAAGAACCAGUCUAAAACUCCACUCCACCUGCAGUCUAUAACUGGUCAUCUACUACGAACCAACCUGAAGUUCAACUCCUUAUGCAGUCUAAAUCUGGACUCACCUCCUAAGAACCAGCCUAAAUCAAGAACCAGCUAAAAGCUAAACCCCACCUACAGUUUGGCAGGACAGAUCUUACCUCAACUGUAAAAUCUUGACUCUGAUGUGUCUGUUACCCGUCUCCUCCUAAAACCAGCACAAAAACUAUAUAAAACCAGCCAGAAACGCACCAGUGACAAGGGCAACUUUUUCCCCCACUUUGGAAACCCCUAGCAGAUGACCAUCUGAGAAAAGAAACAAUUCUUGUCAAUCACCAAGCAAGUUACUAGGGCUUCUCUAUCUCCAAUCCAAACCAUUUUUCUUAUACAGUACCCACAGUUAUACCCCUAAUCUUUGACAAGCCACCAAUGUUAUUCCUACCUUUAUGAUUAAGAAAUGUAUUUAUUUUCCCAAUAUUUAUCAUGCUGUACUGUCUUGGUCACACUUGAAUUAUGAAAUGAAUGGAUAAUAUUAUUUGGAUAUUUUGACAACUGUAAUGUUUGGUUUUAUAUAAGUCUUGUGGUUAUGAACUGAGCGUUGACAAGUUCUUAGACAAAAGCUAGUGCAAUGGUACAUGACACGCUAAAUGUAUCACUCUGGUCUGUUGUGAGAUUGACAUUUAUCCCCGUUGAGAUGUCAAAAUAAUUGUUUGUAUACAUUAGGCAGCUAUGAGAUAUACCGCACUUCAAGGCCCAAGCACAAUUCUGAAGCAAUAACACUUGCCAUUUCAUGUCAACUCUUGAGUUGGCUGUUUUAGGCACACCAUUUUGGCCACCAACACCAAAUUGAAUGUGCUUGUUUUGUAACUUCAAUAGCUUUAAUUACAAAUAGUAAUCAAUAUUAAGAUAAUGGUUUGAACAAAAGUCAUGUUGCAUGUGUAUUGAAUGUAGUUCUCCAUUUUUUUCAUCAUGGGCUUUGGAUUGAUGAACACAUGGCAGAGUUUUUACUUAGUAACUUAUUUGUUGCAUUGUAGCUGAGAAGCAUUCCAAUGUUAAAACCCUGACACUAUAUUCUGAGUAUUUAUGUACAAAAAUCACACUUUCCCCCAAUUGCACUGCAAGACUAUUCCACUAACCAAAUUGGAAAUGUCAUUUUAUGACCAUACCCAUAUUUUUGUGGUACAACUAAAUAGAUUAUCACCACCAACUGUGUCUUAACAUGGCUAAAUUGACUCUUGCACAGGUUUCUUAGUUACAAGUCUUUAUUCAAUGUCAGUGUUGGGUAAUUUGUAAAAUGCACUAUGAAAAAGACUUGUUCUAAGAAAGUGUCUCUUAACACUACUGCGCUAAAUCAGCCAUCAAAGGUGACUUUUACAAAAGAACAUGUUGCUGGCCCCCUGCCACCAUUUUGUGUUUCCUGGUAGUGGUCCCUUAAACUUGAUCAAUAAACUUCUACCACCCCAUGUACUUA